ACUAGUUGCUCAGUCUCUCCAUCGAGUCCUGCUGAAACCAUCGUUCUACUUAAUAAUUAGUAAUUCAUAAUCUGAACGAGAUAACAAAGAGGACGUACUGAUAAUGACGAGUGUUUAUCACCAGAAGAUUAAUGCUCUUCAGCUGAAUAUCCAGAAUUCUUUGGUUGUUGGGGUCAUCAUCACUAGCUCCAAUGUGAAGACCUUCGAAGUCAACUCCAAAUAUCGUCCUGGACGCAGAGCAGUCUGGACCUUCACUCUUCGUGACUCUGAAAAUGACACCAUAAACAUCACAGUCUGGGGGAGUGAGACAUACGUCAGCAAGUUGCACGAGUCAUUCCCCAUAGGGUGUGUUGUUGAAGUCAUCAAUGCCAAAGUCCAGGAUUAUCCGACUGAUGGGAAGAACGAGAGAUUCAUGCCGACUACGAGUAGCCGACACCAUUUGGUUGUCAAUGAGGGAGCUGCACUGAUUCAACUUCACGAUAGCCCUAAUAAAGAGCUUUACGAAGCUCUGCUCCAUGUUCCAAUGAAGAAUGUGUCGAAGGCCAGGAGUCUCAGUGAUAUUUUGAAGAAUAUGGAGGGAUUGCAGGAUCAGUAUGUGGAUGUACUUGCUGCUGUUACCUUUGUGAGUGACUCUCGAAAUCUAAUGACGAAAGAUGGUCGUGCCCUUGUCUGUCGUGAUUUCGAAGUCAAUGAUGGAACAACAAAUAAUGGAGUUGCAUUCAAACUCUGGGAAAACGAGUGGAUUCGCAGAUCUGCCAAUUGGGAGCCCAAGCAUUCAGUUCUCUUCAUGUCAGACCUACUCGUCACAAUGGAUAAAUUCAAGAAGAAGAUGACUCUGAUGAUCGUUAGGAAGACUGUGAUCACAGAGGAUCCUGAUGUGCCACAAGCUGAUAAAGUCAGGAAUUCCAUCAGUCAGACUGACAUGGACUCGAUUUCUCAUGAUCCAUUCAUUCUGCCAAAACCUGAAAACAUCAAAACAGUCAUGACUAUCAAGGAGAUAUCAGAGAAGUUGAACAAGAAGCAGCCGACAGGGGGUGACAGAAUACAAUUUGUCGCGAUUCUUUAUGCUACAGUCACAGAAAUUAAUAUGGAAAAUGCUCAAGGGUCAGACAUACUCAUCACACGAUGUGCACUGUGUAAACGCACUGUCCCUGACACUCAAGACUCCUGUAUGAACUUGGAAUGUCCCUGUGGCAACGGCAGGCGUGCACCAACGAAUGUCCACAAUUUUUAUCUGAGAGUCAACCUGAAGGACGAAACGGGAUAUCUAAUCGGAUGCCGACUCACUGGAGCGCCAGCUGAACAAGCCCUGGCUUGUUCUGUCGACGAGUUCAAGGCAAUGACACAAACUCAACGAGAAGAAUUGAAGUGGCGAUUGAUAUUGGAGAAUUGUGACGUCAGGCUUCAAGUACUCGGGCCAACCCCCACCUUUCCACGUGUGUUGUACAACAUUCUGUCACUCGAGCGCACUCGAGAGGUUAAGGAUCAGUGAUUCCCUCCAAAAAAUUGAUUUAGCCACCAGUAU